GACGCGCGUUGGGGCUUCACUUUCCCCCUUAAGGUGCUGGAUGGUGGUUGUGCUUUUCUCCUGCUCUGGCAUUUAGAAUUUCACAUGGUUCUGACCCUUUCUUAAACUGUCAGCACGCUGUGAUAGCCGUCCUGUGAGGAAUUAGUUAUCCCCCACCCCCUUCCACGCUACCUCUUCUGUUUAACACGUGUUGAAUACAGUGACUCCCCAGCAUAGCUUAUGCUCAAACAAACGUGUUAGUCUCUAAGGUGCCACAGAUAUUCCUGUUCCUUUUGUGGAUACAGACUAACACAGCUGCUACUCUGAAACAUGUUACAAUUGUGUUCAGAAACCCUAUUUGCAUCCUGCUAUGGGAGUUAACAUAUUUUUGAAUGUCAAAGUUUGUAAUAAUUCCUUUUAACUCUGUUUGGACAGGGUUUUAAAGCCAUGUUCUGCUUCGUGUAGCACGACAGAAUUAGAAAACCCUUUUGAAACGUGCUUGUAGCUAACCCCAGUUGUUUACUAGAAAGACACAUUGGCCUUAGAUAAAAUAUGCUGUCCUGUUCCCCUCCCCUUCCCCCCGCGUGCGAGCAUACACACAAAUCAUUCUUCAAAGCCUCUUUUUAUAGCUUUGUGACUAGAACAUCUUGACCUUGAGAACUGUAUUUGUGUGGUUCCUCUAGAUGUUAAAAUGGAUAUCUGAGAGGUAUAUGAUAUUCAUAUCCUAAUUGCUAAACAUUUUAAUUUCAGUUGCAUUCAAAACACAGGAAACAAUGUGUGUGAAAUGAAAUACAGCAAAAAUAUAAAUUCAGACAUUUGAAAGGCUAGUGACAGAAAAAAACAAAGAGUUAAAAUACAUUUUAAGUUGUAAAAUAAUAGUUUUUAAAAAAGAAAUUACUUGUUGUCAUUGAUGGGGAAUAAAAAGACCACAAGAACAUUUGAUGGAAAACCAGUAACGUUUGAGUAAAUUGGUUAUUAUUAGGGGGUGAAAAGAAAAGAAAGGGAACUGCUUCUCCUUCUCAAGAGAAAGAGAGACAGUAUAUGUCAGGCAAGAAAAGAAGGGUAGGAGAAUUUACAUUGUUAAAUAAACUCCAGUGAGUGCAGUGCAAAAGCUAGGUUAGAAAGUGUGAUAAGUCUGUUAGUGGAGCAAAUGAUUAACUAAUGUACGGUAUUUUCAUUGCGAUAAGAAUGUGUUUAUCAUUAUUUAUAUAAGAUUCCAUACUCUAAAAAAAUUAGAUGAGAUGUAGACAUUAAAUUGUUUAGUGGUUGGGGGAGGAAACUCGAAGUAAGAACUCGGUUCAACUGGUUUAAUUCCCAGUUUAGCCACUGACUCACUGUGUGGCCUGAGGCAUGUCACUUAAUCUCUUUUCCUCUCUUUCCCUAUCUGUAAUUUGUGAUUAGUCUUGCCUAUCUCACAAGGAUGUUUUGAGGAUUAAGAUUUGCAGUAACAUUCUUAUCUGUCUGGUUCUCCAAAUUCAAAUUUUAUGGAUAUGCCACACACUAAUUCACAAUCUAUAAAUGUCAUGAAUAGCUUUUCUUUUUUGAAAUCGGUCAACUAGUGACCAUUUAGUACAGCUGUCAAAUCGUGGGGAUUUUUUUUUACUGGCAGCAGUUUGUAUAUUUUGUACAAUGUGUAAGAUUGAGGACAUGUUCCCUUAGCAAAAUCAUAGAUAGUAGUACGUGGGAUUUAGGAAGUGGAGUUUCUGUUGCUUCUCCCAUCUAUACACCUCUUUAGAUGGCAACAGACAACAUUUAUUUUCUUUUAGUUGCCAUGAACUGAAAAUAAUACAUCUUAAAUUAGCACUGAAGAGAUGAAAGUAUAUUACAACAAAACUACAACAGAUUUGACAUUAAAAUGUAGAAAUUUGACUUGGCAUGCAGAAUAAUCUCAACAGGCACAUGAAAAAAGGGUUCAGUCCUGCUCCUGUUGAAGUUAGCAGUAAAACGCCAAUUGACUUCAAGAUGGGUUCUUUUUUUAUUAUACCCUGCAACAUAAGGGGACUUAGUUGUUUGAAAUGGAUCCCUUAUAAUAAAAAAAUAAUAAUUUUAAAAAUCUUUUAGCAAUGUUAUUUGUAUUUUUGCAGUUUUUAGAAGGCAAUAUUAUGCAUGUAUCUUUAGCAAGUAAUUUGUUGAAUGGGAAUCUAUGAACCCUAGAUGGCAGUAUUACUUUAGUUUCAGUUCUUCACACACCAGCUGAGUUCAACUAAGACUGAAUGGCUGAAUGCUGGCCUUCUUUCUAAAAAUACUCCUGGGAGCUACCACAUCUUUUUUUCUUACCUGGCAAGGCCAUUAUGGACCCAGUCCUGCAAGUUGCGGAGUACAUCCUACUGGGAGUUGAGGGCAUUCAACCCCUAGAAACUUCCCAUGGUUGUAGGAAGCUCUGCAUCGCUGUGGGGGGAGGGUGAAGCUCAGUGGGGUGGGGGGUUCAGGUGCAGGGGGGUCCAGAUUUACAGGGGUUGGGCUGACAGGGGUAGCUGCUCCCAGUACAGUGACCCCUUCCCCCAAGCCCUCCUCCGCAUCAGGAGACCCCCCCCCCCGAACCCAUAUCUUGCUGACCCAAACCCCCUGCAUUGGGAGACACACACCCUGACACCCCCCCCACUGAGCCCCAACCAGCCACACCCUGAUCCCCUAGCCCACCAAGCCCCCCUCCCCCCGAGUCCUAACCACCUUCACAUGGGCUCCCUUGCGGAGUCCUAGUCCACCUGCACCCAGAACCCCCCACUGAGCUGUCCGCACCCAGUUUGCACCACACAGAACCUUGGUACUCUUGAGGGAAUUCUGCAGCAAACAAUUAAAAAAAUUUAAAUUCUGCAAAGUUCUGCAUAUUUUAUUUGUAAAAUUAAUACAGUAACACAAUAACAAUAUAAUCACACCAUUUUCAAUUAUUUUUACAAUUUAUUUCAAAAUACUUGUCAGCAAAUAAUUAAAAAUGGUGUAAUUAUAUUGUGUUACUUUGACAAAUAAAAUAUGCAGAAUUUUAAAAUAUUAUGCACAGAAUUUUUAACUGUUUGGCGCAGAAUUCCCUCAGGAGUAAACUACAUAGACCUUUUUGCAGUUGGUUUUGAGGUGAUAAGGAGCAUAUAAUUAAAUGUUCCUCAUCACUACUGACACUUAUCUUUCUGGAAAGUUCUUUAGUAGCCCUUUAAAGAGAAAUAAGAUUUCAUUACAUAAUUUAUUUAUAUAAAGCCAGUUACCAUAUUUUGAACUUCUUACAAUUCAUGUUUCUAAGAUGAUCCCAUCAAGCCAGCAUUGUAAAUGAGAUAUUUACUUCCUUAUAGGUCCUUGUCCAUAUUUUUUUUAACUUGCCAUAGGUAUAAAUAAUGAGCUAUGUUUGAAGGCCGCCAUUAUUUGUAUUAUAGUCAUUAAUGGUUUUCUACACUCGGAAAAAAUCUGACCCAUAACUCUCCAUGCGUGCAGCAGUAUAUAAUUUUUGGUCAGAUUGAUAUACUGAGCCUCUCAUUACAUUUUUUAUGUUGUUAUAUUUUAAAAAGAAUAACAGUGCCUUCUGCAUUAGUAGGCAGUGUUGUGAACUCCAGAGAUUUUUAUCCCAAAUCUCAUAAUAUUUGGUGAUUUUCCUAAUGCUUCAGUUCCCAGGCAUGAGAUUAUAUGAAAAUCUCAGCUUUCUUUAAAAAAAAAAAAAAAAGCUUCUAGCCCUUAUGAUUAUGGAAAAAAGCUUGAAAACAUGAACUCUAGAGGUCAGAAACCAAAAGGCAAAUGAAAAGAACCCAACAUUUACUUAUUUUAAAAACUGCAUAAUUUUUAAGUCAUUCUCGUGGUCUUUUGAGGCCUGAAAUGAUUUUUGAACUCUCGGCUUGGCAAUACUGGGUAAACUCUUUGAACUAUACUUACAAAAUUAUGAAAAAUGUUCUCCAUGUAGCAUUACUGUUUCACAGCUCUCUGGAUACUCAAGCCAUUUUAUUCAGCAAGGAUAAAAGUCACCCCUGUGUAGAGGGCCAAUAUAAGGCCUAUGCCUAACUUAAAUCCAACAUAAGUGCUCAAAAUUGAGCUGUGUGCUCACAGGACAUGUAUCGUGGUAUAAAUAAAAGUCCAUCCUGAAUACAUUUAUUCUUCAAAGAUUUAUGUUCUUCAUAAUCUAGUGUAAUAGGUACACUGUAAAUUAGCAUAGAUGAGUUGUCUCGCAUCUUUAUUUUAAUUUUUUAAUUUUUAUUAAACCUUCAGCACAUGUUUUUGUGAAUUGAUAUAGAUACUUUGUGUAUGCUUCCUUGUGCUGUCUCAUCAGCUCCUAUCUCAUCUCUCAAGGUUAGCAGGGUCUGGAUGGGUCACUCCUUGGAUAGGCAAGACCUUCAUUUAAUAGAUCAUGUGGUCAACGGUGUUGGAAAUCAUGGUUCAGUAAGUUGGAACUCAAUACCUUAAGUUAGUACUGAAGCAAUACCUUAUCAUGGUGUUAGGGAGCACCAUGCUUCAAUAGCUGCUGUCUUACAGUAUUAACAUUGCCAAGAGCAAUAGGGUGAAUAUACAGUUCAUGAAUGAUCUUUUCAGAUAUGCUUGAAAUGACAGGUGUAUCAUAUAGAUCUUUAAUUUCCCAGAAUUUCAUGGUAUCCUUAACUGUAUCAGAAUAACGGUUGCAUGUUUCCAUAUGGUAGGUAUUUAUUAGAUUUAUAUCCAACUAUAUUUUUAUACAGGAAGGUGACAGAGCAGGGAUAAAUGCCAACAAGAAGUCCUGAUUCUGCCCUUGAAUGCACAUGGCUCCAGUUGGCGUGCAUCAGAGCAUUUUGGGAUUAGAACAGAAAAAAGAUGGCAUUCCAGCUGCGAAACCUCACAGACCAUGGAUGGAUACAUGCAACAAUUUAGGAGAAGACACUAAUCAGUGUCUGCAGACCCCUGUUAUUUCCUGUGAAGGGCCAUUAUUUCAUGUUAACAGUUACCCGAUACUGGACAAAAGAGUUUUGAAAUGUGAAAAAUAUUUUUCAGCCACUGAAAGGCUAUCUUACAAAAGGGAACUGAGCUGGUACAGGGGUAGGAGACCAAGAACUGCUUUCACUAGAAACCAGAUUGACGUGCUGGAAAAUGUUUUUAGAGUGAACUCCUAUCCUGGCAUUGACGUUAGAGAAGAACUAGCUCACAAACUAGAUUUAGAUGAAGACAGGAUCCAGAUCUGGUUCCAGAAUCGCCGUGCAAAGCUGAAAAGAUCCCACAGAGAAUCUCAGUUUAUAAUGGUGAAAAACACUUUAACCUCUAACCUUCUGGAAUAGGAAGAAGCCAGCUAGUUCACCAUUAUUCUACCACAGUAGAACAUGAAGAAUUAUUGGAACUUCAUAAUUUGCAUUAUUAAGCAAUGAUAAUGUGAUAUUUGUACUUUGAUAUUUGCAUCUAGUUUUGAAAGAUGAUCAUGAUUUUCAUUAGAAUAAACUGUAAAUACUUCAUUAUGACAUGCCUCAUAUUAUAAUUGCACUUUUUGUAAAAAAAUGUUUUCCAUAUAUUUUAAUAAAUAUUUUCAGAAACAUUGUAAGAUAUUUUUGCAGAUAACAAACUAUGAUACACUAGAUCCUGAGCUGAUGUAAAUCUGAAUAAUUUACUUGAUGACAAUGGAGCUACACCGGUUUAUACCAGCUGAGGAUUUGGUCCUGUGUGGUUACUGAUUUCAGAAAAAUCAUCAGGAAUACAUGGAAAAAAAUGACUGAAUUUUUUUGUUUUGUUUAAUAAAGCUUCAGAUAUUUUAAAGGUAGAAGUAAAAAAUCAUCUAAAGUACACAAUUAUGCAAAAAUGCUACUGCUGUUACAGCAUAUUUAGCUUAGGUAUUUUACUGGAAUUAAAUAGCUUUUCAAUGUUAGCAAUAUGGAGCUGAAAUUUUAAAAAAUGGUACUAAAUUAUACUUGUUUUUAUGAGACAUAUGUGCUAGCUAUUUACAAAUGAAAAACCUAGAGAACAGUAACAAUGUGUGGCAUUUGUAUUUUAGCUAAACCAAUUAAACUGAAAAGCAGUUUAAAAUGUCA